ACCCCGCAAGUCGAGGCCUUCCGCUGGCGCUCGCUCGCUCCGUGACCGGCUGCCUCUCCGCUCCACCCCUGCGCUGCGACCGGAGGCGACCGCGCCCCGCGGUGGCGCUGCGACCCGCGACACGGUGCGUCGCUCUGUCCCUCCAUCCCUCGCCUCCUCUCGGUCCGCGCCGCAAUGCGGGUCCCUGCCUCGGCCCAGGCGGCGGCGGCGGCGGGGCAGCCUUGCUCGAUCUGUUGCCGCCGUUCACACGGCCCGGCGUUCCGUCGGGGUUCGCCCGAGGUAGCAGCCGCCGUGGAUACGUGUGCUCGCUUGCGCGAUUUCAGCCCGAUGCCUGCGCAGCGGUCGCGGCCGAGGUCUAUCUAUCCCGUGUUGUGAUUGCUUCCGUUUGGUGUUUUACUCGUCUGUUAGGAUUCGGUUGGUUCCGUCUGUUUUGGGACUAGGCCCGCAACGUUCAAGUGGUUAGUUUGCGAUCUCGCUGUAUUCCACUCCCAUCACGCGUCGCACUGCCACACCGUGGCGCAGUGUGGCCGUCGCUGUCGAGCAUUUGAACCGCGUCAAAUUCAAAGCAUUUUUAAUGCGUCUCAGCGUCUGUUGUGCGUCUGGCUGCCUAAUCCAAAAAUUGCGUCAAAUCCGAAUUUUCAUUCCGUGUAUGCUUGGCCGCCUAAUCCAAGUUCUUAAGGUUCGGUGCGGGGGAACGGAAUUCCGAAUUCCAAGCCCGCUUCCCCCAACAAGAGCCCUCGAGAUCGGAAUCCGCGAGUAAAAUAACCCGCAAAAGGGUGCUUUAUUUAAAGGGGUAUGGUGACCUUUCCUCUUCGUGAUCUGUCCCCCACUUCACUGCUGCUGCUGCUGUUUCUGUUUCACCCUUGGGCAUUGAAGAUCAGUGUGACUGAGAGGGGAGGGUUUCCAGUCAGUCAUUUAUGAAUCCUGAGGCCUGUGCUUACUAGAGGGAGGGCAAGGCUCGUUGGGAUCCGGGAUGAAGGGGAGAAAUGACUCGGGGCACAGCAAGAGGCCGGUUGUGCUGUGCUGUGUGAUGAUUGUGUGCCUAUGUCUCCUCUUCUUGUAUUUCUCGGGCUCCAAUGGACAGGCUGGGAGCGCCGCAUUUGAGUACGGGACCAAAUUCUCACGGUCACUUGGAUGGGGCAGUGAUGAUGGUGAGGAUGGCUCUGAAGAGUCCAUUUUUGGAACCGGGGAUGCAGAUGAUGUCAAGCCCAAGAGCUUUCCUGUGUGUGAUGACCGGCACUCUGAACUGAUCCCCUGCUUGGAUAGGAACUUGAUAUAUCAAAUGAGGCUGAAGCUGGAUUUAAACCUGAUGGAGCACUAUGAGAGGCAUUGCCCUCCACCUGAAAGGCGUUUUAAUUGCUUGAUUCCUCCACCACAUGGCUAUAAGGUUCCUAUAAAAUGGCCAAAAAGUCGUGAUGUAGUGUGGAAAGCAAACAUUCCACACACUCACCUUGCAAAAGAGAAGUCAGACCAGAACUGGAUGGUUGAAGCUGGUGAAAAGAUCAAGUUUCCAGGUGGUGGAACCCAUUUUCACCAUGGAGCUGACAAAUAUAUAUCAAAUAUUGCAAAUAUGCUAAAUUUCAAGGAUAACAAUAUAAACAAUGAUGGGAUGCUUCGUACAGUUCUUGAUGUUGGUUGUGGAGUUGCUAGUUUUGGAGGAUAUCUUCUUUCUUCUAAUGUGAUAGCAAUGUCUUUGGCACCAAAUGAUGUGCAUCAGAAUCAGAUUCAGUUUGCACUCGAAAGAGGGAUCCCUGCAUAUCUUGGUGUUUUGGGAACAAAAAGGCUUCCGUACCCAAGUAGAUCAUUUGAACUAGCCCAUUGUUCACGUUGUAGGAUCGAUUGGCUUCAAAGAGAUGGGAUUCUUCUGCUUGAACUAGAUAGAUUGCUCAGGCCUGGAGGUUAUUUUGCUUACUCCUCUCCUGAAGCAUAUGCACAGGAUGAGGAGGAUCUCCGAAUCUGGAAAGAAAUGAGUGCCCUUGUAGAAAGGAUGUGCUGGAAAAUCGCAGAGAAAAGAAACCAAACUGUUAUUUGGGUGAAACCUCUGGACAAUGAUUGUUACAAGAGGCGAGCACAUGGUACAAAGCCACCUCUAUGCAAAAGUGGCAAUGAUCCAGAUUCAGUAUGGGGAGUUCCAAUGGAAGCUUGCAUUACUCCGUAUCCUGAACAAAUGCACAGAGAUGGGGGAACUGGGCUAGCUCCCUGGCCUGCCCGAUUGACAGCCCCGCCUCCCCGUCUUGCUGAUUUGUACAUUACUGCUGACACAUUUGAAAAGGACACGGAAAUGUGGCAGCAAAGAGUAGAAAACUAUUGGAGUUUGCUGGGCCCAAAGGUAAAACCAGACACUAUUAGAAACAUCAUGGACAUGAAGGCAAACUUUGGGUCAUUUGCUGCUGCACUCAAGGAGAAAGACGUAUGGGUGAUGAAUGUUGUGCCACAUGAUGGACCAAGCACCCUCAAGAUAAUCUAUGAUAGAGGGCUGAUAGGCAGCAAUCACGACUGGUGUGAAGCCUUCUCAACCUAUCCUCGAACAUACGAUCUUCUCCACGCAUGGGCAGUCUUUUCUGACCUUGAUAAAAGAGGCUGCAGUGCCGAAGACCUGCUCCUUGAAAUGGAUCGUAUCCUCAGGCCGACUGGGUUUGCCAUCGUGAGGGACAAGGGCACCGUCAUUGAGUUCAUCAAGAAGUACCUCCACGCACUUCACUGGGAGGCAUUGACUGUCGUGGACGCUGAGCCCAGCCCAGAAUCAGAGGAGAGCGAAAUGAUCUUGAUAAUCCGGAAGAAGCUGUGGCUACCAAAAGCAGGCCCGCAGGAUUCCGGCACGUAGUUCUUCUCGUACCUGUUCCUCUCCCAGCACCUGCAGCUCAGAAGCCAGGCGCAGCUGCACCAUCCAAAAUGGUUCGACACUUGUAGCUCCUGAGAUAGAGUCAGUCAUGAUUUCUAGCCCUACCGCCCACAUGAAGAUAGGUUGUUUACGAGGAUACUGCAAGUAGUAUGUAGCAGGCUUGGAUUAAAAAAAAGGCCCUUUUUUGUCGCGACAGAUAUGGAUUGGUGUUUGUUAUCUAGUUUGGUUAGGAAAUAAACAUUCUUUUUCUUUUAGGUGUUUCGUGUCCUUUUUUUUUGAAGUCUGCUAUAGUCUGUAGCAAGUGUAUUUGGUGUUUUCUUGAAAGAACUACUGCGCUCACAUUUUUGGGAUA